AUGACCAGAUCCGAAACCUCGCCGUUCUUGGCCCCUCGACGGAGCUACAACUCGUUUUCCGACAUCGACGAGUCCGAUAUCGUGUCGUAUGUGCUGCAAAGAAGAGCCUCCAUGGCGUCUAUGGCCAGAGACAACGUCCCCUACACGUUUGCCGCAGCCAACCCCGUGGUGCCGCAGGACUUGACCCGUACCCGCUCCCAUGCCUCCAUGGUGACCAGCCACACGCUUGAUGUGUCGGAUAUCUUGUCUGCUCACUCGGUUAGACCCGAGCCAGAAACAGACGUCUCCACCGAGGUCCAGGCGCUCUUGGGGUACUCGUUUCCGUUGAUCCUCACCUUCUUGUUGAAGUACUCGUUCACGGUGGCGUCGGUGUUCUCGGUGGGCCGCUUGGGACUGAAGGAGCUUGCAGCCGUCUCCUUGAGCACCAUGACAGCCAAUAUCUCGGGCUACGCCAUCAUCCAGGGGGUGUCCACCUGCCUCGACACCCUCUGCGCCCAGGCAUACGGACGCAAGGACUACCGCAUGGUGGGGGUGCACGCCAUCCGGUGCAGCUACUUCUUGUUGCUCUUGUUUGUGCCCAUGUUCGUGUUGUGGGUGUUUGGCGCCACCCCCAUCUUGAUCGCCAUCUGUGGCCACGACAAGGCCGAGUUGUGCCAGUUGGCGGGUGACUACUUGCGGGUGUUGAGUUUCGGGAUCCCUGGCUUCAUUUUGUUCGAGGUGGCCACCCAUUUCUUGCAGUGCCAGAACAUCUUCCACGCGUCCACCUACGUGCUUGCCUUCUGCGCUCCCUUGAACGCCUUUCUCAACUACUUCUUGGUGUGGGAUAAAACCUACGGCUUGGGCUUUAUUGGAGCUCCAUUGUCCGUGGCCAUCACCGACUGGGUCAUGUGUUUCAUGAUUUUUGCAUACAUCUUCUGGGUCAAAGGCUACGAAUGCUGGCCCAAGGAGUCGGUUUUCCACGCCAUAUUCUUCAGAAACUGGUCCAAGAUGAUCAACUUGUCGGUUCCAGGUGUGUUGAUGGUGGAAGCCGAAUGGUUGGCUUUUGAGAUUAUCACCUUCACGGCUGCGUCCUUCGGAACCGAUGUGUUGGCGGCCCAAUCCAUCGUCACCACCACCUGUGCCUUGAUGUACCAAAUUCCGCUCGCAUUUUCGGUGACUAUCUCCACCAGAGUGGCCUGGUACAUUGGAGCAGCCUCGAAAAGAGCAGCCAUCACGGCCACAAGGUCGUCUAUCAUGUGCUCGUUGACCCUUGGGCUGAUGACGGGUAUAUUUCUCUUUGCAUUCAGACGUCCGCUCGCGUCGUUGUACACCAACGACCAGAGUGUGAUUGAUUUUGCAGCUAAGGUGCUUGUGGUAGCAUCGAUCUACCAGUUAAACGAGUUCUUGAGCUGUGCUUCGGGGGGUGUUUUGCGAGGACAGGGAAGACAGAAAAUCGGGGGGUACAUGAACUUGUUCAGCUACUACUUCCUUGCAUUGCCUAGUGCGUUCAUCUUUGCAUUUUACUUCAAAUUGGAGUUGAUUGGUUUAUGGUUGGGAAUGAUAAUAGCACUCGUGGUCACCUCUACAUUACAGUUAUACUUUGUUGUCACCAGUGACUGGGACUAUAUUAUCACACAAUCGAUCAACGAAGCGAUUCUUGACGAGAACAAUAUCAGCUGA